CGUCAUUCACCAAUAUAACAUGACAAAGAUGAAGGAAAAGCAGAGAAGGAAUGCUUUGUCUCUGCUUUUUCAGCAGAUUUCAGUCUGAUAUUCACGUCAUUCCUCAAUCCUUCAGCUUUCAGUCAGUGUUUGGAGUUUUGACGGGAUUUCGUUUCAUGUUCUUCGCGGAGAAUAGUAGAACUUUUGACAAGAGAACAUGGAGCGUCGUGUAGUUAUUAAUGUAGUGGUUUUACUCAGGAGUUUUAUACAAUAUUAAAUUGUUUUUCUUAUGAUCUUGUGUCUAAACUCUCGACAAUAAUGCCCGUGAACAACGUAAAUUUGGAUAUUUUUGCUAAAGCCUGAAAAAAAGAGCUCAAAUAAUGGAUGGACAACGCGCCAUGGAACUGAUGCCACUUCUUCAAGAACGACUGGUUAUUCUAACAGGAGGCCGUGACCGUCGAGGGGGCCCAGUGCUGUCUUUCCCAGCCAACCCACGUAGAGAACGUGCCAAGCCUGAGGACUACAGGCGGCUUCUGCAGUACCUCAUGUCUUUACCAAACGAUGAAGUUCGAUCCCUGGGCUUUACCGUGCUGGUCGACAUGCGAGGGUCGACGUGGUCGACCGUGAAACCUAUCCUCAAGGCCUUGAACGAGCAUUUUCCUUCUGGCGCAGUACACCAGGCUCUAAUCGUUAAACCGGACAACUUCUGGCAGAAACAGAGGACUUCGCUCGGAUCACACAAGUACAAAUUCGAGACAAAUAUGAUUAGUAUCGAAGCCUUGCCGAAGAUAAUUGACGGAACCCAACUGACGUCCGACCUGGAAGGUACUCUGAGCUAUGACCAUGCUCAUUGGUUAGACACUCGACUGGCUGUGGAAGAUUUUGCUUGGCAAGCUGCCGAUCUGCUGGACAGGCUGGACGACUUGCAGGAGGAUCUCAACAGAAACGACUUCGCUGACGAUGUAAGUGGGGCCAAGCACAAAAUAGAUCUGCACAAUGAGAUGAAAAAGAAAAUUAUGAAAGCUCCUGUAGAGGAAAUAGAUUUAAUAGGUCAACGACUACUCAAAAAGUCUUGCGGUCACGACACGGGCCAGGGCCGCGGCGGGGGAGGGGGCGGUGGAGGAGGGGGCAAGGAGCCCGAAUCUCUGAGCAAUACCGGCGGACCAGAGGUGGUAGACACCAAAAAAUUAGUUUUACAAAAUCUAGAGGCUGUGCAUUCUUCUCAACAACACCUGCUGCAACUUUGGCACCACAAGAAACUCAAACUGGACCAGUGCUUUCAGUUGCGACUGUUUGAACAGGAUUGUGAAAAGAUGUUUGAAUGGAUAUGCCACAACAGGGACGUGUUCUUGAUGGGGUAUGUCGAGAUCGGGCACACGUACCAACUGGCCAAGCAGCUCCAAGAAGAGCACCAACACUUCACGAUGAGUUCGAUGAACGUCUACGUGAACAUCAAUCGUAUCCUGUCUGUUGCGUCGCGGCUAGUGGAGGGAGGCCAUUACGCUGCCCAGCACAUCAGAUCUGUGGCAGCGAGACUCGAUCGUUCAUGGAAGGAUUUUGCCGCCGGCUUAGAUGAAAGGACGGCCGUCCUGGCUCUUUCAGUAAUUUUCCAUCACAAAGCCGAGCAGUACGUAGAGAAUGUCCCUUCAUGGAAUUCGACUUCGGAGAGUGGGAGCAUCCCCUCCGACAUCAUGAUGUUGGAGAACUCCAUCCACCAGCACCAGAAUCUCUACGAAUCGAUGUGUCAGGCCUACACGGAGGUGUAUAAUAGCUAUCAAUCGCUGCUCAAUGGGCUGGACGUGAUGUUGCAAGUGUGCCAUAAUUUGCCUACCACCGUAGAAGAGUCCCAGAAGGAUCCUGAUAUAAUUAAAAACGUUCAUAGUACCAGUAAGAAACUCCUCUAUCAAUUAGACCACUUGGUUCAAGUCUGCAACCAACCUGGGACUGAUAAAAAACAUGGAGAGGGAGCUAAUUUUGAAAACAGGCCUACGGGAAACCCCGCCGCGGAUUACAGCGAAGGAGCUAGUCACGUUUUAGCAGUUAUACACCAAAUCUUGAACCACCAUCGAGCUCUAGAACAAAAAUGGCACGCAAAAAAAAUCAAACUGCACCAAAGACUAGCGUUGAGAUUGUUUCAGGAGGAUGUUAAACAGGUUCUGGACUGGCUGUCAAAUCACGGAGAGGUGUUCAUCAGAAAGAACACAGGCAUUGGCAGGAAUCUUCAGAAAGCGAGAGUAUACCAAAAAAGCCACGAGCAUUUCGAAAAUGUGGCUCAGAAUACGUACACCAACGCCGAUAAACUACUCGCGGCCGCCGAAGAAUUGGCGCAAACGGGCGAGUGCGACCCUGACGAAAUUUAUUCGGUCGCUCACGAGCUGGAAGCGCACGUUUCAUCGUUUGCCGCCAGAGUGGAGCAGCGUCGGAGGCGUCUCGAUCUCGCCGUCCUUUUCUACACGCAUGAGAAAGAUCUGAGCAACUGGGUGGACGAGCUCAGGCAGGACUUGCAGUGUGAUGAAAGCGUUGCGGAAAGCUUAGAAGCGACGGAACGACUUCUGGAACAAACCGUUCAACACCGCCAGCAAAGCCUCGACGUUUGUGCGUCCACCAUAGCUCAAGGAGAAGCUCUCUUACAGGAACUAAGAUCAAUAGCCGAGAUGGACUCGACGGGAUCCGUGUCAGCUGUCGAAUCCGCCUUGGACCGUCUAGCGAAGCAAAGGAACGACCUCGAGGAACUGUGGACGGAGCGAAAGCUCCGCCUGGAUCUGUGCCUCAGGCUACGGCUGUUCGAGAGGGACGCUCUCGAAGUCUCCUCCCAGCUAGAGAUGUGGUCAGAAGACCUGCAGCACUGCGAGCUCACGAGGGAUAUCUCAAAGGCGGAGCAGUUCCUCAGGUUGCACAACGAAAGCGUCGGUCAGAUGCAGAACACGACGUACCAGAUCUUGCAGCAGGGUCAGGAGUUGGUGCAGGUUUUCGAGAGCUCGGGGAUCGUUAUAAUGGCGGAUGGGCAGUACAACGCUCAGACGAGGGUCCAAGUUCUGCUGGAGUUUCUCCACGAUAGAGAGAUUGACUUGGAGGAACUGAUCGAAAUGAAACGCCUAAAGCUCGAGCAGUGCAUUCAGCUGGGGCAGUUUCAGAACGACGCCAACCAGGUCAUCAGCUGGAUUAGGAACGGCGAAUCGAUGCUCAUGGCGAAUUUCACCAUUCCGAAUAGUUUGGCUGACGCAGAGGUGCUCAAGAAGGAGCACGAGCAGUUCCAGGUGGCGAUAGAGAAGACACACACUUCUGCUGUUCAGGUCAAGCACCGUGCGGACUCUCUGAUCAACGGCAACCACUACGACCCGCAGAGCAUCAAAGACAUCUCCGAGGAGGUGACCAAGAGAUGGCAGCAGCUGGUGACGUGCGCGGAGGAGCGCCACAAACUAGUCACGGCCAGCUUGAACUUUUACAAGACGGCCGAGCAGGUGUGCUCCGUGUUGGACAGUCUCGAAAGGGAGUACCGCAGGGACGAGGACUGGUGCUCGACGGGCCAGCCGAACAACGACAAGACUACGGCCAUCUCGCAACUCAUCAACAAGCAUCAGGAGCAGAAGGAGGCGUUCUUGAAGGCGUGCACGUUGGCCAGGAGGACGGCGGAGACUUUCUUGAAGUAUACGACGAGGAGUUUGCAGUUUUAUAACUAUCCGAAGACGAGCGGGAACCAUGAGGCUAGGGUGAAAGGUAUUCUGGAGAAGCUGCUGAGCCAGGAGAACAUGGUGCUGGAGCACUGGACGCAACGCAAGAAACGACUGGAUCAGUGCCAGCAGUUCGUUCUGUUCGAGAGAUCUGCCAAACAGGCCAUCGAGUGGAUUCACGACACUGGGGAAUGCUAUCUGACUACCCAUGCGACGAACUUGGGCAACAGCAUCGAAGAGACGGAGAGCCUGCUGCGUGAGCACAACGAAUUCAAAGGCACUGCCAAAGAGACCAAAGAACGUGUGAAACUGCUCAUCCAGCUGGCAGACAGUUUGGUGGAAAAGGGGCAUGCGCACGCUUGUUCGAUCAAGCAAUGGGUGGCUGCUGUGGAUAACAGGUACAAAGACUUCAGUUCCCGAAUGGAACAAUAUAGGCAGCAGCUCGAGGAAACUCUUGGCAUCCAAGAGGAAGAGAGCGAGAAGAAAGAGAUGUCUUUCGACAGGAACUCUGAUCCGAACCUCGAAUCGAAAAUGAAAGAUGUCGCCGCUAAAGAUCUGAAAGAAUUGAACGAAGAGAAGAGGAGAUCUGCUAGGAGGAAAGAAUUCAUCAUGGCGGAACUGCUCCAAACCGAACGGACUUACGUCAAGGAUUUGGAAACCUGCAUAAACUGCUUCAUGCUCGAGCUGCGCGCCGGCGAAUCCAUUCCGAACACGCUCCAGGACAAGGAGGGGGUCAUCUUCGGCAAUAUGGAGGAGAUAUACAACUUUCACAAGUCGGUGUUCAUCAGAGAACUCGAAAAGUACGAGACGAUGCCUGAAGACGUGGGGCAUUGUUUCGUCACUUGGGCGCAGAAGUUCGACAUGUACGUCCACUACUGCAAGAACAAGCCGGAGAGCAACAGUCUGCUCGUGCAGCACGGCGGUAGCUACUUCGAGGAGCUACAGAAGAAGCACAAGGUGGAACACCCGAUAGCUGCGUAUCUGAUCAAGCCGGUGCAGAGGAUAACUAAGUAUCAGCUGCUGCUGAAGGAUCUGCAGAGCUGCUGCCAGGAAGGACAAGGAGAGAUAAAGGACGGUUUGGAGGUGAUGCUGAACGUGCCGAAAAAAGCGAACGACGUGAUGCAUUUGUCCUUGCUCGAAGGCUGCGACAUCUCUUUGGAUAAGCUAGGAGAAGUCGUGUUGCAGGACGCCUUCAGCGUGUGGGAUCCGAAGCAGUUGAUCCGUAAGGGAAGGGACAGGCACAUUUUUCUGUUUGAAAUGUAUUUGGUGUUCACCAAAGAAGUUAAGGAUUCAGCUGGCAAGGUGAAAUAUAUAUACAAGAACAAGUUGAUGGCCUCUGAAAUGGGCGUAACGGAACACAUGGAAGGCGACGAAUGCAAAUUUGCUGUGUGGACUGGCCGAGCUCCUAUGUCAGACUAUCGCAUCGUCCUUCGAGCUUCUUCCCUCGACACCAAGCAGCUGUGGGUGAAGAAACUCCGAGAGGUCAUCCAGGAGACCUAUUUCAGUGGGUCCCUUCCACUUUCGUUGCCCAAGAGUCCCGCCAAACUGAAGCCGCUCAGCCAAAGAUCGAGCAGAGAUAUGGAGGAGUGUAAUUCUUUGGAUGAAAGUGUCGAGAAUCUGGAUCGUAAUUCUUUGGCUUCGUUCGGAUCUGGAAAUACGACUGAUUCUGAUAAGGCCGGCGUGUUGGAGAUGACGUGGGUGUUGAACGACUUCACGGCGACCAAUUCUUCCGAAUUGAGCGUGUCCAAGGGCCAGCAGGUCGAGGUGGUGGAGGUGUGCUCUUCGAGGCCGGACUUUUGUCUGGUGCGGAUGCCGACGAGAGGCAGCGACCACGGCGACACCUCCGUCGUACCAGAAGGCCUCGUGCCGCUCGCCAUCCUCAAGCAGCCGCCUCCCCCGCAGAGGGGGUCGCCUUCGAGGAAGCCGAAUCUGCCAGAGCACGAGAUCG